GGGGUGGGAGUGGGGGUGGGGGGCGGGAGAAGUGGUUUUAAUUCGAAGCGUGUUGCUCCAUGGCUUGGGAGCGGAGGCGGCCCGGCGUCUUCCCCCGCCCACCUUCCUUAUCCAUCUCAUAAUCCCGAAGAGUUUUGCGACUGGGGAGGUUUUAAAGCGAAAUGGUCACUCGAUGCUUCCCGCCCGGAGAGUGAGCGAGAAGGCGCCUUCAUAAUCCCCCGAGGCCCCCUUCACACACACACACACGCCCCGCCUCGCGUGGGUUUAGCGCCACUCGGAGCCCCUUCAUGCUGUGUGAGGGGGACGAGGCUGGCCGACCCGGGUCAGACUGACAUGAGCGGUAUCUGUUUCUUAGGGCCAGCGAGUUGUGUCGCCUUGUCUUUCGGGACGGCUGCCCGCUUGAUAUAUAAACGGCGUAACUCUCAGAAAGAGUUGAGACUCUCGUUCUCCCGCUCCCCUCCUUCCCAGACAAAGUGCGGGGAGGGGGGAGAGAGGGAGAGGCUGCGCCCCACCCCCCUCCCCUCACCCCAUAUACACAUACAUUAAGUCGCCCCCGGGGAAUUCGUGACCCGCUUUGCUGGCUGCUUUCUCCAUUCUGGAACAGGCGGUUGUUUAAAGGGAGAGAUUUGCAUCAUUCUUCAGGCUGUCUUCCUCCCACUCCAGAUCGAAGUUCCUUUAUUUUGCUUUAAACCGGGCAAAGGGCUCGACCGCUCCAUCUGUCUUAAGUGUGCAAAUCUCUAGCCCUGAAAGCAGACACUGAAUCAUGCCGUUAGUCAAAAGGAACAUUGAACCUCGACACCUCUGCAGAGGAGCUCUGCCUGAGGGAAUUACUAGUGAAUUAGAAUGUGUAACCAAUAGUACUCUUGCUGCUAUCAUACGCCAGCUAAGCAGCCUAAGCAAACAUGCUGAAGACAUAUUUGGUGAGUUGUUUAAUGAGGCCAACAACUUCUACAUCAGGGCAAAUUCCCUUCAAGACAGAAUUGACCGCCUUGCUGUCAAAGUCACCCAGCUGGAUUCAACUGUGGAAGAAGUGUCAUUACAGGAUAUCAACAUGAAAAAAGCAUUCAAAAGUUCUACAGUACAAGACCAGCAAGUGGUUUCAAAGAACAGCAUCCCCAAUCCUGUAGCUGAUAUUUAUAAUCGGAGUGACAAACCACCUCCGUUGAAUAUCCUUACUUCAUAUAGAGAUGAUAAAAAGGAUGGGCUGAAGUUCUAUACUGAUCCCUCUUAUUUCUUUGACCUAUGGAAAGAAAAAAUGUUACAAGAUACAGAAGACAAACGAAAAGAGAAGAGACGCCAAAAGGAGCAAAAGCGUAUAGAUGGCACAACUCGGGAGGUGAAAAAGGUUAGAAAAGCAAGGAACAGGCGCCAGGAAUGGAAUAUGAUGGCCUAUGAUAAAGAGCUUAGACCAGACAACAGGUUGUCUCAAAGUAUAUACCAUGGAGCAUCAUCCGAGGGAUCUCUGUCCCCUGAUACUAGAUCUCAUGCCUCAGAUGUUACCAGCUAUUCAUAUCCUGCUACUCCAAAUCAUUCCCUCCAUCAGCAGCCAAUGAUGCCUUCAUAUGGAGCAGGAGAUGGAGCUCAGUACAUGCUUGCAAACCAGGGCCUUGAGCAUGAAUUUAGGCCACCUUCUACAACAGUGCGGCAUGCUACCUUAAACAGACCUCAACAACCACCUCCACCCCCACCCCAAGCCGUAGAUGGAUCCCUAGGGACUGUGUCAUUGGUACCAGCUGAUUAUGGGAUGCUUGCAGCUCAGAUGGUGGAUUAUUACAAUCCUUCAGGACCCCCGCCGCCUCCCCCUCCACCCAUCAUUCCUUCUGCACAGACCGCUUUUGUUAGUCCUCUCCAAAUCCCUGUGCUACCUUCCCAUCCUGGACUAGUGACUGGAUCUAUAUAUUCUGCUGCUCUUCAUCCUCCUUCUACUGGGCUUGUUGUUACAGCUCCCCCUCCUCCAGGCCCGCCUCCUCCCCCUCCAGGCCCUCCUGCUGCAGGAUCCUCUCUCUCAUCCUCUCCGAUGCAUGCGCCUGCACUGGCUGAAGCAAAGCGGCAUGAGCCCACACAGUCUCCCAUCAGUGAUGCUCGAAGUGAUCUUCUGGCUGCUAUUCGGAUGGGAAUCCAGUUGAAAAAAGUACAAGAGCAGCGUGAACAAGAAGCUAAGCGUGAACCUGUUGGAAAUGAUGUGGCCACAAUUCUUUCCAGACGCAUUGCUGUGGAGUACAGCGAUUCAGAAGAUGAUUCGGAAUGUGAUGAAAAUGACUGGUCAGACUGAAAACUGGAGAACCAAAGCAUUCUAUUAAUUUCUUAAGGAAAUUGUUCAUGUUGUGUAGGCACUGAUAUAUGGUUGAAACAGGUUAAUUAAAUUGAUGGUAUUCAGGAUGCUGUCAGUAAGUUUGGUGAUAAUCUAGAACUCUUUUAUUUUCAGUAUUUACUGCAUAAUACUGUAUACAAGUGCCACUGAAUGUAGCAAAUCAUGUUCUGCCCCAAGAGAAGGCAGUGUUUGUUCUUGGCCAGGAGUACAUGUAAGUUAUUUAGAUUGUUUGAAUAUUAACACCAAUUUCCCCAGGUACUUGGAAAUCUUUCAAAGCAGGUGCUUGAUCUUGGAGCACAACAUGACAGAACAAUGUCCUCCACCAUAAAAUGUCACUAAUUUGCAUUUUUGGUCUAGCUUUAUGGAGAAUACGUAUAAAACUGGUAGCAGUUAAAUGUUUCUUGUUUAUUUUUAAGUCUUACUCUGUCCGUCCCAUAUAUUGUGCGUUUAUUUUUAGCAUCAUAGCUACACUUUAAAAUAAUCACGGGUUGGAGCCAUACUGACAUUGUUAGUGAACAAUUGGGUGACAUUAGGUUAAGUGCUGAAUUACCUCCCCUUAUUUAUCUGUUUGGCUGUUUGUUUGUUUAGUUUUCAUAAUCAGUUUUAGAAAAUAAUAUAGUUUGUAACAGGCAUAUUCAAGCAUAUGGUUAAAUGGAUCCUAAAAUGGAAAUCAUACUUCUCUUAGGAGUCGUUGAGCUCAAAAGGUAAGGUUUGUUGAGAACCAUGUUCAAGCUGUGUCUGGCUCAUGGGUGACUGGACAAAUUCUUUAUAGUUACAACACCUAAAUAAAUUUCACCUCAAGUUGAUAAAAAUAAUUUUGUUACCUCUCA